UGUGGCUCAGAGCUGCAUGGGAGACAAAGCUGCCGCAGGUCCGGUUUCUUGGUGUCUGGUCGGUGCCAUCAUUUCCCUCCCCCUCUCCCACCCUCCCUAAGCUGGUGGCUUCCCCUCCCCCUCCCCCUCCUCACAGAGGGGGCAGGGGGCUGGGCACCAACUCUGCCAUGCCAUGUGCAGUGUCCGCACAGGGCAUUGGGGCUGUGGCAGCAGCAGGAGGAGGCGGUGGUGGCCUGUGGUGGCGGGAGAGCCGCGUUGACUGGUGACCAGUUGCCCGGCUGCUCUCGGCUUGCCUCGGUCCUUCCCACCCUCCCUUUUUCUGGGCUGGCACCAUCAUCCCCCCCCCCCCCCGCCUCCUUGGGCCCUCCCAGCCUCUCCACGUAAGCCCCCCCACCUGCCGCGGCUCUCCCUCCCCUCCCCCAACUGCAUCCUCCUCCUCCUCCUCCUGUCCCCUCUCCUGCUUGGUCCUCUCACCAGGUCCUCCCUUGGUCGUCUCUUCCCAUCCCUCUCACUGGCAUCCUCCCACCCCCUCUCUACUCUGCCUAGCUAGCUUUCUUUCUGUGUCCCCAGUCUCAUUGAAAUCCCUUUCUCCCUUGCCCUGGACUAGCCCUCUUGUCCCAUCCUGUCCCCGCCCUGGCCCCUUUGUGCCUCCCCUUCCCUCUUUCUCUCUCCUUCUCUGGCUUGCCAUCCCUUCUCCACCUCUGACUCCCUCAGUUUGGCUUUCUUGUCCUUUCUGGCCCCUCUGGUCUCCCUGCCUGGGUCCAAGUCACCAUGCUCACCCCAAUGGUGGCUGGGGGGGUGGUGUUCCCCGGACUCUUCCUCUUAUCCAAGAACACGCUCCAGAGGCUGCCCCAGCUGCGCUGGGAGGAAGCCGAUGCUGUCAUUGUCUCCGCCAGGCUGGUGUCCUCUGUCCAAGCCAUCAUGGCCUCCACAGCUGGCUACAUAGUCUCCACCUCCUGCAAGCACAUCAUUGACGACCAGCACUGGCUGUCCUCGGCCUACACACAGUUUGCGGUUCCUUACUUCAUCUAUGACAUCUACGCCAUGUUCCUCUGCCAUUGGCACAAACAUCAGGUCAAAGGGCACGGAGGGGAAGACGGGACGCCCAGAGCCCUGGGCAGCACCUGGGCCGUGGUCCGCGGCUACCUGCACAAGGAGUUCCUCAUGGUGCUCCACCACGCGGCCAUGGUGCUGGUGUGCUUCCCACUCUCGGUGGUGUGGCGGCAGGGCAAGGGGGAUUUCUUUCUGGGCUGCAUGUUGAUGGCCGAAGUGAGCACGCCCUUCGUCUGCCUGGGCAAGAUCCUCAUCCAGUACAAGCAACAGCACACGUUGCUGCACAAGGUGAACGGCGCCCUGAUGCUGCUCAGCUUCCUGUGUUGCCGGGUGCUGCUCUUCCCCUACCUGUAUUGGGCCUACGGGCGCCAUGCCGGCCUGCCCCUGCUCUCCGUGCCCCUGGCCAUCCCGGCCCACGUCAACCUGGGCGCCGCGCUGCUCCUCGCACCCCAGCUGUACUGGUUCUUCCUCAUUUGCCGCGGGGCCUGCCGCCUCUUCCGACCCCGAGGUCCCCCACCACCCUCUCCCUGUCAGACUCAGGACUGAGGCUGGGGCUUGGGAGCCCUCCUCCCCAGCCCCGCGGAGACAGGGCUUUGGGGCCAGUGGGUUGGGGGUGAGAGCCAGGAGUCCCUUGCCUUGACAACCCCAAGACAGAAAGACUCAGAACAGGGAGGAGCUAAAUACCCUCAGGAGCUGAGGUCGGAGGAGUGGAAGGCAGGGAGAGAGGGGACCGGACCGGGAUGAAGAGCUUCUUUCGGCCUCUGUGCUAACAGAAGGAAGGGAAGUGGGAGUGUCAGACAUUGUACUGAGGUCUGGAGAGCUGGGCUCAGUGGGACCAAGGUGUCAAGGGACAAGGGGGUAAGCCCCGCUGCUAAGGACAUCCCAGCUCCGCUGCUGCAAAUCCCUCCCUGCUCCCCAUCACCUGGGAGAGAGAAGACACCCUAACUCAUCCCAUGUGGGCAGGUGACCCCUACAGUUCCUUCCUGCAGAGACCGAUGUGAGGAACCUUAUUUAUUUUUUCGCCUGUCUCUGAUUUGUUGGGGUAGGGGGAGGAAGGUGAAGGCUCCCUUACAACCUUCCCAGUGCUGAGCAACCCUGGGGGCAGGCAAGGGCGCCAGCCCCUUCUUAGGCUGCACAUUUCGCCCUCGGGCCCUGGCUUGUCCCUGGUGCUACAGAUCUCUCAUGGCUUCCUCCGGUCUGGGGUCACAGACCCUGGGAGGUGCUUUUACAGACCGCUAAUAAAGACGAUCUUCGUGA